AUGAGCUCGCCAUCCAAGCCAGUCUCCAUUGGAAGUCCACGGCCACAGCGUCUGCUAGAUGAUGGUCAAGAAGCAAAUACGGGGGCUAAUACACCAGAUAUUCGACAGCUAAGACAGCAAUUCGGGACACCACCAGCAGGAACUGUCAUUCCUCCGUUCAGAACGCCCGGAACAUCCACGCCACUUGCAGUUGGAUCUCCUUUGAGACCAUCUUCAUCGGUAGACAACAGAAUACGGCCGAUCCCCCAAGUUUUAGCACCCAACGCCAGCGCCGACGCAAACGCUCAGCUGGACAUUCCAGAUACAACCGCAUUGACCGAAGAAGAAAAGGUUAGAGUGCUCAGAAAACAUCUCGUCUCUCGAGAGCAGCGAUUGGGACACAACAAAACUGGGUCCACCAAUAGCCGACCCUCUUCGCGUCCUCCUUCGGUACACGAACAAGGUUCAAACAAGGACACAUCACGUCGACCAUCUCGCCCACCAUCUCCAGGUCCUUCGAGAGAGCACUCAGAGCCAUUUCCACUCCCGUACAACGCGCCCGGAGGUGACAUAACACACGAGAUAUACAAAUACCAAGAGCGUGCUCAUCGUAAUGCGAGGCCGAGAGCCGCUUCGGUGAUUGUUCCAGCACACACCAUCCAACAAGAUCCCGCAUUUGAACACAUACACGAACCCGGAGGGUUUAGAAGAAACUAUGUGCUCCUUCAUGCUAACCAACACGGAUUAGAGGAGCCUCCAGUCACCUCGACAUUCAUUGACUUUCUCUACCUCUUUGGCCAUUUUGCCGGUGAAGACCUCGAGGAGGACACAGACGACGAUGAACUGGAGACAAUCGAUGAAGAGGCGUCAUUGCAUGUCUCCCCGAGUCGAAUACAACCUUCGCGGUCGCAGAGUAUUCUACGAAGGGAUACAGACAUCAUAUCACCUCUAACUGGUUUACACCCUCGGCACGUGAGAACCACUCAAGAGCCUUCAAGACUUCUUGAAGAAGAGUUGACCGAGUCAACGCCUCUUUUGCGGGAAUCUUCGAUGCAGCGAAGGGCCAGCCGACGCAGUCUGAGUCGAACAAGACGUAGUAGACGUUCGAGUAUUGGACAGCAUGGCGACGCCACCGUCUCUCAAGCCAUACUUAUGUUGCUCAAAGCCUUUAUUGGCACUGGCAUUCUUUUCCUAGGCAAAGCGUUUUCCAACGGAGGAAUGCUCUUUUCGGCUGUGACACUUGUCCUUAUUGCCCUAAUCUCACUGUUCUCCUUUCUACUGCUUGUCGACACGAAGAUGGUCGUUCCAGGAAGCUUUGGCGACAUUGGGGGUGCAAUCUACGGAAAAUGGAUGCGACGAGCCAUUCUCACAUCUAUCGUCAUCUCGCAACUCGGAUUCGUAUCCGCUUAUACAAUAUUUGUCGCUGAGAACUUACAAGCGUUUGUCAUGUCUGUCAGCAAAUGUAAAACCCUCAUCCCCAUCCAACUCUUAAUCUUCUCUCAACUCAUCGUAUUUUUGCCUCUUGCAAUGAUUCGGAAUUUGGCCAAGCUCAGCUUGACGGCCCUGAUUGCUGAUGUCUUUAUCCUCAUUGGUAUCGUAUACAUUGGAUGGAACGAAGCCUUGGUCAUUAUGGAGCGUGGGGUCGCUCCUGUUCGAUGGUUCAACGAAAAGGAUUUCCCACUCCUCAUUGGUACUGCCGUCUUCUCGUUCGAAGGGAUUGGACUUGUCAUUCCAAUUACCGAUGCGAUGCGGGAGCCACGGAAAUUCCCUCCGGUUCUUACUGGAGUCAUGUUCUUCCUCAUUUUCCUGUUUGGGGGCGCAGGAGUCCUGUCAUACGCCGCGUAUGGUGAGGAGAUUCAGACGGUCGUGAUCAAAAACUUGCCACAAGACAACAAGUUUGUUCAAGCGGUGCAGUUCCUGUACUCGCUCGCCAUUCUUCUAUCAGCUCCCUUGCAACUCUUCCCUGCUCUGAGGAUCAUGGAAAACUGGCUGUUUACCCAAAGUGGGAAAGUCAAUGUUCGGGUCAAAUGGCAAAAGAAUUUCUUCCGAACUUGCUUAAUCAUUGCGACGUACUUCGUCAGCUGGGUUGGUGCUCAAGAUUUAGACAAGUUUGUUGCCUUUGUCGGCAGUUUUGCUUGUGUGCCGCUGUGCUUUGUUUAUCCAGCCAUGCUUCACCUCAAAGCAUGUGCACGGACGAGGCGGGAACGUAUUCAAGAUUGGUUGAUGAUCGCAUUUGGGACGAUUGCGGCGAUUUACACCACCGCUCAAACCAUCAAACUUGCGGCGGAACCAUCUUCAGGGGGUCCAAAGUUUGAGAAUUGUCCUCAGACUCCCCAGCCCGGUGGCCAAUAA